CUUAUUUCCUCAGAAAAUAUUUUCGUUUUAAAAAAGAAUUUGCGUUCGCUCCCUCUGGGAUCUGGAAGAUAAAGGAUCUUUCACUUGCUUCCUCUCUAACUCAUCUCUUUGGAUUACAAAGCAGUUGGUGAUAAGAAUCUUUAAGAGCAUAGAAGGAGAAAACAACAGAAUGCAUUGGUUCACAAGUUUUGUUCGCAAAGUUGUCCCUUUGAAUCUCUAUUGCCGUGUUAUUCUGUAAAUUUCCAUCUCUCUUACCUCCAAAUCUUCUUCAUUCUUCAGCACUUUUUGUUCUGUUUAUAAUAAAUCUCUUUAAUAAUGGGAUCCCAACGUUUCUACGUCUUCCAUUGUGAACAAUAUAUGAUCAGCUAAACAGAUUUACCUUUUUUAAACCCCUUCAAGCUUUUUUUUUUCUCGAGUCAUCUCUCUCUUCUCUCAACCCCAAGUGUUUUUUGGAAAAAUUAUGGUAAGCCAAUCAGCUGGUCAGACAAGAUUUCGAACCUUCAAGUACGAGAACAACGGUGCGGUUGUAGUAAGAGCUAUUGUUUGCUUUCAACCCAUGGCUAAUUGUCAGGCUGAAUACUUUAGACAUAUGCUCAAACCAGUGACGUAGUUUGCUUUGUUCUCUGUGUCUGUGUUGUAUCUUUCUAGCUGACGUUUUGUUUCUAUAUUUUUCUCUCACGAUAAGAAAGUAUUUUGCGUUCAACACAUUGUCUUGUUGCAACAACUUCCACAAUCGUAUUUGUAUUUCUGUAAAGUUUCAUUGGCUUAAACUGCAAGAGCAUGCCUCUUGAUAACAGCCAACAGAAAUGGUUACCAUUGGGCUUGAAUCCUCAGGACAUAGCUACCGGGUCUUCCUCUCCUGGAGCUCCUUUCCCGGAACUCGGUAAAAUAUAUGCAUCUGAGUAUCAGUUUCGCUAUCUGCAGCCACCGUUCCAGGCCUUACUGUCCAGUUAUGGAACACAAGUUGCUGCUCAGAGGACGCUCAAGUCUUCUCAGAAAAGGUUUCUAGUAUUCGAUCAGUCAGGAAACCAGACUCGCUUGUUACAGUGUGGAUCUCCAGUUCGUUUUCCCUCUUUUGUGGCUACUGAUCCAGAGAAAAUUCUCAAUUUUCUAAACCUAGAGAAAGGGUUAAGUAAAGACCAUGCCAUUCCAGAAAAGAUAUUCCUCCAUGAAGAUCAUGUCAAUGGCGAAGAGAAGGAGUCAGAGAUGCACGAAGACACUGAGGAAAUUAACGCACUACUGUAUUCUGAUGAUGAAGACAAUGAUGAUUGCGAGAGUGAUGAUGAAGUGACGAGCACAGGUCACUCUCCAUUCCCAGUUGAACAACAAGCGUGCAAUAAUAAAACAACAGAAGAAGAAGAAGAACUGGAUGAAACCGAAAGCUGUGGUGGUGAUGAUGGUCCACGUCUCAAAAGGCAGAAAGUACUACUGGACCAUUCUUCAUACAGAGAAGACCUAUCACCAUCACCAUCACCAUCCUCUGUGGUGGGUACCAAGAGUCUCACUAAUCUCAAAAGGUCAUCAGAUGAGAAACUUCAAGAGUCCAACAUCUCAAGCAGCAAUCAAGAAAUGGGUUCUGGUCUUAGCGACGAGGAAGAGACGAGGAAAGACAAGUUCCACACCGCUCUGAGAAUCCUUGAGAGCGUAGUUCCAGGAGCACAAGGGAAAGAAGCUCUUUUACUACUAGACGAAGCCAUUGAUUACCUCAAGCUGCUGAAGCGAGAGUUAACCUCACAACCAAAAGGUUUAAACAACCACCGGUGAAAAACAAUUGGAUAAGUAUGGCUGGUUGGUUAAAGAGAAGACAAGAGACAAAAGAUAAUCAAUGGAUUCUUUCAAUAUUUUGCAAUUAACGUGCGUUUGAAACAAUUUUAGGUCACGCCUGGUGGCCUAGUGGGACCGUAUCCACACUGUUCAGCUUAGCUGGGUCAAUAGUGAUAUCUCUGCUUUUGGAUUUGGCAUGCUCUCUCUAUAAGAAAAAAGGAACAAAAUAGACGUUUACUUUCUUCUGUGCUUUGGAGAGUUGGAGUGGAAUAAAAUUUGAAACAAAAGCAAAGUCAUUGGUGCCUCGUUGAUUCUUCCUUUUUUUUUUUUUUUUUUCCUCUUGAGUAAUAAUAAACCCUUGUGAAGGUGGUGGUGGGUGUGGUGGAUGAAGUAAAAAUUCAAAAAAGACAACAGUGAAUUGUUUUAUGGAGUUGUUGUGGAAAUGUAAUCUCCGCAUGUUCUGUGAAUAUCUCCACUUACAUUGGGUGAAUCUCUGUCCCCACGCUCUUUUGUCUCAUUAUUA